AUGCCUGGAACUGCAAGGCCCGGUCCGGGCGGGGAGGCCGACGCCGCGCGAACGGCCGAGCAGGACGGCAUCGCCCGGCAGAGCGUGGGCACUUCUCGCGCGGCGGCUCCGGGGUCGUCCGCGCAGGAUGACAUCUACUUUGAGGACGGGCAGCACACGCACCUGGUCGUGGUCGACAGCGCGGCGGACGCGCGCCCCGGCGUCCGGAACAUCGGGAGUAUGCAGGAACGGGCGAAUGCGCAGGAGGAGCCGGGGCGGAGCCGCGCCGACUCGCUCGGCGAGACACCUGCACCGGACCCCGUGGCGGCUUUCCAGGCGUCGCGCGCGCAGCUGAUCGGGCGCUCGAUGCGAGAUCCCUCCCGCAUCAUCAACCUCGAUAUCCCCGUCAGCUCGUCACAGCUGCAGCUCCAAGUCAAGCCCACCAGGGAAGCCUCAACGAAGGCUGACGCGGACGGCGGAGAGCGCGGCUCGGCGCAACUGCCAGAGCGACCCUUGCACGGAGACACGGAGCAAAACGAGACGCAGUACCAGGUGUUCGGGGCGCCGCAGCUGCCCUCCCAGGGGCCGCGCGUGAUCCUCGGCGCGAAGGUCGAGCGACGCCGCGACGUGCUGUGGCAAACGCAUCCGAACCGGCUGCUCAAGUACCGCUCGUCGCACCUACACGAGUACGGCUACAUCCCCUUCCUCGUGCCGCGCAACAUGAAGGCCACCAUCAUGUCCCGGCCCUGGCUCCACUUCCAGACGUUGCUGCUGUGCGGCCUGUGCGGGGUCAUCCACGGCACGGGUCUCGGCCUCGAGGAAGACGACCUCGAGAACUUCGUCGCCCUGUUCGGCGCGACGCACCUCGGCAGCAUCUUCAACCUCGGCCAGGUCGUGGUCUUCAUUCUCGCGCUCUUCGUCUCCCUGGUCCUCAGCCGCUGGUGGUCCGUGCGCUCGCUGUAUAGCAAGCUCAACUCCGACGUCACGGAGUCGGCGCUACUCGCCACCACGAUUCUCGACCGGCCGCUGCUCCCGAGCUCGCGUGCGGCCGCGCUGGCCGCUGCAGGGGCGCCCUCGCCUGCCCCGGCGCCGCGCGUGCCGCCCGGCCGGCCGCCGCCUCGGCCGACGAAAGCGCAGCCGGCCGCUCACGCGCAGCCAGUCCGCCGCGGGUCCGCGGGGUCGAACCCAGCGGUGACGCACUCGGAGCGCCUCACGGCCGCGGCGCUCCUUCUUCGCUGGAUCAACCUCAGCCACGUGCUCACCGUCACGGCGGUGGACGCGCAGUCGCGGCACUUCCCCGAGGUCAAGGGCCUCAACUGGGUCGUGAAAGCGGUCCUGCAGACGACCGUGGGCCGGCAGGCCACACCGCUGGCCAAGGCUGCGCGCGACAUCGGGUUCGAGGACCUGAGCCGCGAGGGCCUGGUGAAGCGCGAGGAGUGGAACAAGCUCGAGUCCGCGGAGGACGUCGGCCUCCCGAAGUACCUCCUGCCGUUCCGGUGGAGCCAGACGCUCAUCCUGGCGUGCGCGGACGCGUCGCUCGUCUCGGGGGAGACGGCGACGCGCAUGCUGAUGCGCGUGGCGACGAUGAUCGAGUCCGCGUCGUCGAUCUUCACGUACGUCAAUUCCCAGCUGCCCUACCCCUAUGUCUGGCUGGUCUCGCUGGUCGUGCACUUCUACCUACUGGUCCUCGCCGCGUGGUUCGGCGCGGUCCUGCGCGUGGGCUUCUCGGGCGCCUCGUACGCGCCGGACGACGCGGACAACGACAGCGACCUCGGGACCUUCUCCCGGGUCUCGUGCUACAUUUUGCUGGCGUUCGCGAACCUCAUGUUCCAGGGACUGCUCGACAUCCACUCCCUCCUCGACAACCCCUUCGGAUCGCACCCAGCCAAGUUCCCGCUGCGCUCCCAGAUCACCUCGCUCAUCAACACGUCCCAGGCGCUGCUCCAGCCCGGGUCGUCCGUGCCGGAGGACCUGCGCAGCCUUCUGGACGGACUGAGUCGUGCGCAUGACUCGGGCGCCCCGCCGCGCCGCGACGCGCGGCCGGCGGGCAACGGCGCCGUCGACGCCGGCGCGACGGUGCCGCAGCAGCCGGAGCAGCGCGCCACGGACAGCGACGGGCAGAGCGAGGAGAGCAACCACUUUGAUGACUCCCUCCUUGCGCGGACUGCGUCAGGGUUCCGCCCCGAACCAGCGCGGAUCUGA